GGUUCACUGCUCUUUCAUGCCAUUAGCAGUAGACAGAUGUUAAGCACAUUUGUAAACAACAGCCCUUCACCUAACUUAAAAGGGCUGCAAAAUGCAUGGUUUUAGGACGGCGACUGUUAUUUUCCGUUCGAAUAUUGUUUGGCUGAGAAUUCUGAAUGGCGAGAAAUCGAUUUUCACGUCAACUACGUUUCUGAAAGAAGAGGAUAUUCCCGUCAAAUUGUACAAAGUUGUGGAUAAAAAAGCCCACAAGAGGAAACUGCAAUUAUUGAAAUGGAAUAAAACUAAUUUGGCAUUAUUUGGACCAAUCAUUAAAGAAGAUAAAAAAAAGUUAAAGGAAAACAACUCUCCAGUUGCCAAAGAAGAGAAAACAGCCUUUGAAUCAGAUGACUCGCUUCUACCUAUUGGUCUGUGGAAUGAAUCGUCUGUUGAGUUGAAGCACAGCAAAACCAGUUUUUCAAACAACAAUGUCAAGACAGCUCACAAAAAUCAUGUUCUAACAAAACAGAAUGAGAUCAUCACAGUUCUGAAAGAACCUUCAAAUAAAGUACAAGCUAAACAAGAUCCAACUCACGAAAGGGUAAACCUUCAAAGUAUUACACUUGCAGAAAAUGUUCUACCUAGUGCACCAUAUUUUCAAAAAGAUGAUAUUGUUCUUCCCUUCCCUAUGGUUCUAAAAAAAGAAUUUAUACCUCCAGCUUCUAAAGACAUUAUAACAAUAGCAAGUGCUAAAGUGGAUGUACCAAGUGUAACACAAGUCUUGAAUAAGACCAUGUCAGACAAGAGUGAAAUGAUGCUGGCUUUGUGGCGAAAAAGAAAAAUUGCUGAAAUUGGAGAAGAUGGCCUCAAAGAAUUUAUGAAAGAGGCUAAGCUGACUGGAAAGGAACUACACCUCAGUAUUGAGACUUACCUUCGAGGAGUUGAAUACAAUUCAGUACGAGUUGAACCACGCAUUUCUGGGCACUGGCUAAGUAUGAAAUCGAUUUUGAAUUCACUAGAAGAUGUUCUCGUGCUAGAGAGUUACGUUGUGCACCAGCAAUUAAAGUAUAAGGGAUUCGUGGAUUGCGUCUGCAAGUACAAGAAUAAUGUCGUAGUUAUUGAGUGGAAAACGUCUCAGAGAACAAAAUCCACGCUGGAAGAUGCGUACGACGACCCCGUUCAAAUUGCGGCCUAUAUUGGUGCUUUGAAUGCUGAUGAAAAAUAUCCGUUUAAGCAGGUAGAAAACGCGUUGUUAGUCGUCGCAUACCCGACGGGUAGACCUGCCGAUGUUUUAACUUUGGACAGAGACAAGUGUGAAUACUACUGGAAUCAGUGGUUGAAGCGUUUGGAAGCAUAUAAUGAGCUCAAAAGAUCCGAUGAAAAAUCAUGAACUUGACCGUAAAAGCCACUUCAAGUUAUAUUGGAAAUUAGGAAGUAUAUUGUUUGAAUUUACGCGUUAUCUUUUGUAGCAAACUUGAUCUCGAAAGGGGAAAUAACUUAUGGAUGAGGCAGAAAGUUUCAGAAGUCAACACAUUGUGUAUUCAAUUCAUACAAGUACGAAAUCGGCCAAUCUGUAUACAUGAAAAAAUCGUGUCCACCA